GUUGAUCGAAGACAAUCGCUGUCUUUGAUAUCGAUGAUAGGAUACGGAAGUGAAUUGGUUCAAGUAAAUUUCGUUUUCUCUAGAUCACCUUUUCAGGCAGUUGAAGUGUGGAAGAUUCUACCUCAAUACAGGAAUCGUUUUCGAGGAGAGAAUCGUCUUGGCCCUCCCUGCAAAAACCCUAGAACAAGCAAUGCGUCCGGUAAAGGAACAAACUCCAAUUUUGAGCGGGGAACGCGAUAAAGAGCGGCAGGAACUUACCAAUGUCGUUUAUGGCCUGGGCAUCGCGCUCGACGAGUAUUUCACAAUCCAAGACUUUUGCAAAGAGCACGAGUAA